GGCCUUCACCUUGCCGGUAUCCAACUUCCGGAAUUCUUGUAUCUGCGCCUUUCCCAAGAUGCUGCUAAGGACGCUCACAAUUCCUUCGCUUACAAGAUAGUUGGAAAGAUGUUCUCUUUUAUUCUCAUUUUAAUUGUUGAAAUUGUCCUGUUGCAGGUAUUCCAUAAUAAUGGAGAAUUUUGUACUUUACGAAGAACUUGGCAAGAGAGACCAUGCCAUUAUUUACAAAGGAAGAAGAAAGGGCAGCAUUAGUUUUGUUGCUAUUCACUGCAUUGACAAAUGCAAAAGACCAGAGGUGACAAACACUGUCAGGAUGACUCAUGAUAUUAGUCAUCCAAAUGUAGUUCAGUUCCAUGAAUGGUAUGAAACAAGCAACCACCUGUGGCUGGUGGUAGAACUGUGCACUGGUGGUAGUCUGGCAGACAUCCUGACACAAGAUCUUUAUUUGCCAGAGAGUUCUAUUCGGGACUUUGGUCUACAUCUUGUGACUGGUCUACACUAUAUCCAUUCCCUUGGUAUUCUUUUUCAUGAUCUGCAACCGUCAAAGAUUCUGAUGGACUCAUCAGGAGUGCUUAAAUAUGCAGACUUUGGGCUGGCCAAAGUGGAGGGUGAAAACUUGGAGGAGCUGUUCUACAAGUUUGCUGAUGCUGGAGAGCAAUGGAACACACAGUCAGUGGAAGAGAUUGUGAAACAGAACUCCAUCUCAGGAUCUCCAACAUAUAUGUCACCUGAGCUGUUUCAAGGUGGAGAGCCAAAUAUUAUGACAGAUUUGUGGGCUCUUGGCUGUGUUUUUUAUGAGAUGUUUGCUGGGCAUCCUCCAUUUUUAGGAGAAUCAAAAGAAAUUCUAAAAGAAAAAGUACUGAAUAAAGAAUUUCCAACACCAAAAGUGAAAGGCUCAAGACUGUCAGCUAAACCAUCACCAGAAUUUCUCAGUCUGCUUGAAAAUCUUCUUCAGAAAGAUCCAUCUAGGAGGCUGGGGUGGCAAGGGUUGGUUAACCAUAGCUUCUGGCAAGGCAAGCUGUCAUCAUUAGCAAAAGACUUCAACAUGUCACAAGACACCAGUGGAAUUGCUACUCCUGCUAGUCAAAGCACUGUGUUUGAACACAAUGCUAGCUCAGUGCUUGGUCGCAUCAAAAGUUUAGAUUUUCGACGAUCCAUUGAAAAGUCUGUAUCGAGGCUUGAUGUGGUAGACUCUCCUCAUCAUCUAACUUUCACUGGAGAUGUCCUUCGUCCUAAGACUGCCCCUGGACAUGAUACAGGAGGUAGCACUCUAUUCACACUAAGUGCUCGGCCCCACACAGCUGUGCCACCAGAUGACAAAGUGACUUCUCCCUAUCGUCAGAUUCAGUCACCCCUGACAACUCGAGAAGUCAUUGGGGGAACCCAGGAAGACAGUGGGAGUUUUGACAAAACAAGUGAGGGGAAUGUGCAAAAGCUUAUCUUUCAUGACAGUGACUUCACUGCUUCACAGAUCAUUGACAAUCCCAAGAUUCAGAAGCCAGUUACAGCAGCCUCAAAAUUUGACCAAAAGGCACUUCCUGUUCCUCCUUUCACAGGCGAAAAAUUGAAUAGCAUGACAGAAAAAGAGCUCUUAAAGCAUAUCCGAGCUGUCAUUGAAAGCAUUGGCUCACCUGAGAAAGGACCCCCUUCGCAGAAACGCAUACAUCUUCUCCAUUAUGCAGCAUCAAUUGCCUCUAGCAUGGUGGUAGCUACAGCAUUUGUCAAUACCAGUGCACUGAUGGUCUUGGCACAUCAGAUAAGAGACUGCUCUAAUGUGGAUGUACGAAUCAAACUCGGGAGAGUUAUGGCCCUCAUCGCCCAUUUUGCUGACUCCCUUGAUGAAAAUGUCAACAUGUGUGAACCUCUGACAUUGGUGACUGAGGUGCUCAGAGAGAAUGUCAAGAACAGCAAACUGAAACAGGGACUGCUACCUGCAGUGGGUGAGAUGCUGUGUUUGGUGGCUUCACAGGAGCAGAAAAACAAAGAAGGUCCUGUGGAAGCCUGGGCUGUGCCAUCAAUGGUGUACACAAUCAUUACACGCAGCUGUCGUGAUGGAGAGGAUCCUGUGUUGAAUCACAUUGCUGCAAAGAUCAUCGAGACCAUAACAGCUAGUCGUGGAUCUCAUGCAGAGAAAUUUGUGACGAAUGAAAUCGGCCAAGCUCUGUGGUAUGUGUAUAAACACUCAACUGUGGACUCUUUGCGGAUCACUGCUCUGUCGGCACUCUGCCAUGUGACAUGGCAGAACCCGCUGGUGUUCCAAAGCGUCAUUGAGGUGGUGGGGUUGUCAGUGGUGUGCCAGGCUCUGACUCAGGGCAUUACACGUGUACAGCAGGCAGUGGUCACAAUGUUUGGGGCCUUGGUAGCCAGCAGUGCCAGUAUUUCUCGUCUAACACAGGAUAAGGACUUUCUACUGAAAAUAAUCCGACUGCUUGACAGCCCAUCAACAAUAAUCCGAGGCAAGGCACUCGUGGUGAUACACCAGCUUGUAUGUCGCAACACUGAGAUGCUGUUGCACGCAUGUCAGAACAGGCUUGUGAUGUAUGUGGAGAGGGACAGUCGUCACACUACACCACAUGGCACUCUGGCGUCUGGUCAGGAGCAUGAUGUAGUGGAGUAUCUAGGCAGCUGUCUGCACCUGCUCAUUUCUGGCAUUUUGGUCCAAGUUCCCAUCAUAACACGUGAGAUGCUUGGUAGUUUGGAUGCUGUGGCUGGACGCAGGCAUCCAUCAGCAGCACAGGUGAGGCAGCUAAAGUCCACUUUGCCCCUGCUGGCAGUAUUCACACACCUGGUCACUAGUCAGGUGUUUAGGGGUCACGUCGUGACGGAGGAGUUUAUAAAGAGCUACGGUCAGCUAAUGGUACACGUGCGAUGCAUUGAGAGUGGGGAAACCAACAUUGAGUCUGCAUCAGAAAAACUCAAAGUGUCAUUGAGUGUCAGUGAGUUUGUGGGCUCUGCUGUCUCCAUCCUUGAAGGCAUUGCACAGCAUCCCACCCUACUAAUGGAACAUCAAGGGAAAAUCAUUGAGACCAUCCUACCAGAACUAGUGGCACUAACUGGGAGUCAGAAUGUGGAAGUACGUGCCCGAGCGUUGAAUCUUUUGAGUGAGAUCUCUUCAGUUCUUCUGAGCCAGGCCCAGUUCAUUUCUCCAGGAAUUCAAGACAACACAGACAGCCUUCUUUGUCUCAUUACAGACAAGCUUCUUCCCAUGUAUGAGAGUCUGCUGUUAGAUCCUGAACCCCUGCCUAGUGCUGCUCUUGCCCUGCUUCUCUCCCUGCUGGAACACAGGCCAGCUUUGUCCCGCAACAUGUGCUCCCUGGGACUCCUUCCUGUGCUGUUUCAGAUCAUUACAGAUCAUCACAGUAAAUCUCUAGGACGCAGUGUUCAUAGCAUCCUGGGGAUCCUCAACUGUUUGAUGAACCAGCGAGAUGCACCCAUGAAGGAGUUGUAUGAAUUAGGUUUGAUUGAUGAGCUGACUCUGGUCAUGCAGGAGAUGGGGCACAAUUGCUGGGCUGAAGCUGGUGAUGCAAGUGGUUCUCAUGGAACCAGGGAAUCUGGACAGAAGAUUAGCAUUCUGCAAUCUGCACUGGAACUCAUGCAUAAUCUUUUGCGUCAAGUGUCUGAGGUUGUCCGCAAAGCUUUACAGCUCAAAAAAGGGGGAGGAGGCUCAGGAGAGGGAAACAAGGAAGCAGAAGAAGCGGAGCAGCUGCUGCUGACAAACAAACCUUUAACAGAGUUAACUCCUCUUUUGACACAACUGUUGUGCCAUGAGGAUUCAGAUAUUCAGGAGCUUGCCUUAAAGGACUUGUCACUCUUGGUUCAGCUUUUUGGUGGUGAGAGCAGAGAUUCAUUAUCACAAGACAGUCAGAACUACUACAACAAAGCAUUAUCUGCAGCUCCACCCCGAAAGCAGAAAGUUCUUCUGAGAGUAAUCAAGAGACUGUUGACUACAGCCCAACAUCACACUGAGAGCCUUAAGCAGUAUGGAACACCAUUGCUUGGUACCAUCCAUUCUUUGGUGCACACUGCCAGUUCACAUGCAGACAUGGCCUUAUCUACACUUGCUGCAGAAAUUCUCAAACUUGGUGGCAAGCUUACAUAAAUCUAUCUGAAUAUAGAAUGUUGAGUGAAGUUCAUAUUUAAUUCCUGUAAUACAGUACCCGUGUUGUGAACCAGGAGUUUCAUUUGUCUUAUCCAUUGAAAAAAAAGCACAAACUGUAUCAUUUUUUUAUGCAUAUUUUCAGUAUACAUGUGGAUGUUACAAUAAAGUGAGUCAUCUUCAUCGCGUUAUUGAGACACACAUUGAUACCAUUAAGCAUGAUUGAAAUUGUUUGUGGUCCAAGUAGUGCACUUUCCAGAAAUAAGCAGUUCCAUUUAUUGUUAAUUUCACUGUACAUGUAUUUACAAUAUGUAAAAAUGUGUGUACAUGUGCAAUAGAGAUAUAAAACAAUGAUGACUUA